CUCUACUAGUGCCAUUAACACAGCAGGAAAGAGGAAAAUUGGGGAUUGUCUCAUUGCACAUGUUAGUUUGCUACGUGGACCACCUCUGUCAUUUACCUUGUAGGUUGUAGCUCAAACGAUAAACUAACAUAAAUGGGCGUCCACUGUUGUGGAAUCAACCACACAAUUCUUUCAAUAAAUUGCUCAAGGUUUCUGCUUCUGUAUAUAUAGUUACUCUGGCUAUAACUGUGCGUGCCAAGAAAAUAGCAAUGGGGAGCCAGAAUCACUUGAGAGUUUUGUUGCUUUGCUUUAUAGCAUUGAUUGGAUCAACCCAGGCUCAAUUGCAGAAAGGAUUCUAUGCCAAGAGCUGCCCAAAAGCUGAGAAGAUCAUUCAAGACUUCGUCACUCAGCAUAUCCGAAAUGCUCCAUCCCUCGCCGCUGCUCUGAUCAGAAUGCAUUUCCAUGACUGCUUUGUCAGGGGCUGCGAUGCAUCAGUGCUCCUCAACUCAACGACCAGCCAAGCAGAGAAGAAUGCUCCUCCAAAUCUCACUGUUAGAGGAUUUGACUUUAUUGACAGAAUCAAGAGCCUUGUGGAAGCUGAGUGCCCUGGUGUAGUCUCUUGUGCUGAUAUUAUCUCUUUGGCCGCCAGAGACUCCAUUGUUGCCACAGGCGGUCCCUUCUGGAAUGUUCCAACAGGUAGAAGAGACGGAACUGUAUCGGUCCUAGUGGAAGCUAGGGACCAAAUUCCUGCUCCAACUAGCAACUUCUCCACCCUUCAGACACUCUUCGGCAACAAGGGACUUGAUCUGAAAGACUUGGUUCUUCUGUCAGGUGCUCACACAAUUGGUGUCUCCCUCUGCUCAUCAUUUAACAGCCGAUUGUAUAAUUUCACCGGUAAAUUAGAUCAAGACCCAGAUCUAGACAGUGAAUACGCUACAAAUCUCAAGACCUUCAAGUGCAAGAGCAUCAAUGACACCAACUCGAUUGUUGAGAUGGACCCUGGAAGUCGCAAUACAUUUGAUCUUAGCUACUACAGAAAUGUGCUCAAGAGAAGAGCGUUCCAAUCUGAUGCUGCUCUGCUGACCAACUCUGUGACCAAGUCUACCAUCACCCAGCUGCUCGAGGGCUCAGUGGAAAACUUCUUUGCCGAAUUUGCCAAGUCCAUGGAGAAAAUGGGACGAAUCGAUGUCAAGACUGGGACACAAGGAGAGAUCAGGAAGCGUUGUGCAGUCGUAAAUAGCUAGGAAUCUUGAUGCUCAUCCAAUAUCACUUCCGUUUUCUAUUUUUUUGCAACUUAUUUUUGGGCAUGUUUAUUUAUUUUUGUGGUGACUUUGGAAUUGGUGUGUCCUCAUAAGAUAUGUCGUGGGUAUCUUUGCACAUGUUGCUGGAAUAAUAGGGAUCCCCUGUGGACUGUAGUUUUCCAGUUUGAAAAGGGAGGUUUGGUUCUUGUUCUUGCAAAUAAAAAGCGUAGAAUUGAAGAAUACUUGUGAUUCU